CACCAAAAUUUCAAAAACAGAAAAGCGCCACAAUAGUUGAGUUUUGUCUAUCGUUUACUUGCAUCUUUCAGAAAAAGAAAAAAGUAUCGUUCAGUUGCCGCUAUAGAAUUUGAAUACGGAUCCAUCGCCAAUCUCCCUAAAUAACACUCGCUCUCUCUCAUUGACUCGCCUGCUUUGCCUUUGUUUUCUUUUUCAUCUUUAAUAAUAAAAAUUCAAAAUGAAGAAGGGAGCUAAGAGAAAAGCAGCUUCUCAGAAACAAGAAGAAAAUGAAGUAAAAGCUUCACAAGAGAGUCAAAAGGAAAACCUUAAACCUCUUCCCAAAGCUAAGCGUGCUAAGACCUCCAAGCCUCAGUCCCAGCCUGAGUUCUUCGAAGAUAAGCGUAACUUGGAAGACUUAUGGAAAGCUGCAUUUCCUGUUGGAACUGAGUGGGAUCAAUUGGACUCAGUUUACCAAUUCAACUGGAACUUUUCGAAUCUAGAAGAUGCAUUUGAAGAGGGAGGAAAGCUAUACGGGAAGAAAGUUUAUCUCUUUGGUUGUACGGAGCCUCAACUGGUUCCUUACAAGGGAGAAAACAAAGUCAUCUGUAUACCUGUGGUUGUGGCUGUUGUGUCUCCUUUCCCACCUUCAGAUAAGAUUGGUAUUAACUCGGUGCAGAGAGAAACUGAAGAGAUUGUUUCAAUGAAACAAAUGAAAAUGGAUUGGGUUCCAUAUAUUCCACUUGAGAAAAGAGACAGCCAAGUAGAUAGACUGAUAUUUCAAAUAUUCAUCUUAAGUUGCACGCAAAGAAGGGUUGCUUUGAAACAAAUGAAAAUAGACCGACUCAAGAAAUAUGAGUAUUGUUUGCCUUAUUUCUAUCAGCCUUUGAAGGAAGACGAACUCGAACAAAGCACUGAGGUUCAGAUAAUUUUUCCAGCAGAACCAAAGCCGGUUUUUUGUGAAUUUGAUUGGGAGUUGGAUGAGCUUGAAGAGUUUACUGAUAAGCUGAUCGAGGAAGAUGAAUUAGAUAAAGAUCAAAAAAAUGCUUUUAAGGAGUUUGUCAAGGAGAAAGUUCGAGAGGCGAAGAAAGCUAAUCGGCAGGCAAGAGAAGCUCGCAAAAAAGCACUCGAAGAAAUGAGCCAGGAAACUAAAGCAGCAUUCGAGAAAAUGAGAUUUUACAAGUUCUACCCAGUUCAAACUCCGGAUACUCCUGAUGUAUCAAAUGUUAAAGCUCCAUUUAUAAACAGGUACUAUGGGAAGGCUCAUGAGAUUCUCUAAUGGAGCUUUUUGUCCAGGAUCUGGUUCCAGUUGAGGGUUACUCUCUAAAGCCUGCUUCGGCUUACCGAGCAUUAGUCUGCUUUUACCCGGACGUUUAGUGAUCAUGGCACUGAUGCCUCCAUCAAACUCGGGUAAUUUCAGAUGAAAAACUCUAAAUCCUAGACCUUGUGGCCUUUUAAAAUUUUUUGAAGGAUUCCUUCAAGCUUUAAGGUGCUAAAAUCCCCUUUCCAACAGCAUUAAGCAUCCCUUUUCAGAUUUAACCUUAUCCUUCUCAGCCCUCUUUUAUUCCCACUUUAUGUAACCUUAUGUAACUAAUAGUAGAGUAACAUUUAUAUGGCGAUUCAAUUCUUUGAGCAAAAUCAAAGGGAAAAAAAACUAGCCCAAUGCUUGUUUCUGUAUUAAAUCUCUUUGGAGGAUAAGCUCCCAAACCUUUGGGAAAGGAAAACUGCACCAUUAGCAUAUGGGAUGGCUGGGGCAGGGGAUCUUUCGUUCACCCAAUCUACUCCUGAAAUCCAAUAUAUCCAAUUCGUUCAAGGAUUAA